AAAUAAGUACAGAACAUAUGUCCCCAUAAUGGUAUUUUAAGUUAACUUAAAAGUUUUAAGUAAAUUGGCCUUGGAAAUGAAGAGUUUAUCAAGAAGACAAAUAGAUUAAACAAUCGCUCUUCAUAUUGUAGAUGGAACAAAGCUCCAAAUUUAUUAAAUCCUCUUGCAAAAGUGAUUUCUUGAUAUUGGCUGUCUCACGAACGUCUUCAAAGAAUUAUUGUUUUUCAUACUUGUAAAUUUUAUUUUGGCAAGAAAUGGUUGAAUAAAGAUCUGAAACUUCGAAACGCAAUCAAAAUCAAUGUCUUUGAAUUAAUGAAACAUUUAUAAUGCAUAUUAAAUAUUAAUAACGAAUUAAAAACGUUAGCGUAUGUGCCAUUUUUUAAAUUUGGUUAGUGUCGGUUAUAAUUUGGAAAUACAGGAACGCAAACAUCAAAGGUUCCAACAAGAGUUUCCCCUCUGUAAAAUUACUCUGUGAUAAAACGAUUGACACUAUGUACUAUAUCUAAUCUCUGAUAACCUAUUUUAAUGUCGUAAUGAAACGUGAUACAACGUCAUCAUAGAGCAUAGUUAGAAAAUUAGUGUAUGAUUUGUGCACCGUGAUUAUUCAUUAUUGUAAACUUAUUUUGUAUCAACAAUUCCCGUUACUUGAAUAUAUGUUUUGUACUUGAAAUAGUGUGCGAUUUUGUACUGGAAAUAUGUAUUACGAAGAGAGAAGUUCUUUGAACGUGAUUUGUAAUGAUAAUAAUGCAGUAGUCAUUGAUCUUCGAAGUGAUACUCUUACAAAACCAACCAAAAGGAUGAGGGAAGCAAUGUUUAAUGCUGAAGUUGGUGAUGAUGUUUAUGGAGAAGAUUCAACUGUUAAAAAGUUGGAAGAAAAAGCAGCAGAAAUGGUUGGAAUGGAAGAUGCAAUAUUUGUAUGUUCUGGAACUAUGGGAAAUUUAAUUGCUAUAAUGAAUCACUGCGACGUGAGAGGCAGCGAGGCAUACUGCGGUGACUCUGCCCAUUGUUUAUUACACGAACAAUGUGGUGCUUCUCAAAUCGCAGGUGUAAACCUUCGUCCAUUGCGGAAUAAUUCUGAUGGGACAUUUGACCUUUGUGAACUUGAAUCUCUACUUCGAAAAGACAGACAUCACGAGCCAAUUUCUAAAUUGGUUCUCGUGGAAAACACAAUAGAUGGAAAAAUUGUUCCACAAAGUUGGAUCAUAGAAUUAGUAACUUUUUGUAAGAAACAUAAUUUGAAGUUGCAUAUGGAUGGAGCACGAUUGUGGAAUGCAUCUGUAGGAUCUGGAAAAUCUGCUAAACAAAUCGUUUCAGGCUUUGAUUCUGUGACUUUUUGUCUUAGCAAGGGUUUAGGUGCCCCUAUAGGAUCCCUUCUUUGUGGAAGCAAGGAAUUUGUUGCUAAAGCAAGAAGAGUGAGGAAAGUGCUAGGUGGUGGUAUGCGACAAGUUGGUAUUCUUGGCGCAGCCGGACUUGUAGCUCUUGAAGACACGAUUCCAAUUUUGAAAGAUGAUCACAGAAGAGCUUUGCAUUUUGCCUCUUCCAUAAAUGAUAUUCAGUCGACGAUAUUUACAGUCGAUUUAAAAACCGUACAAACAAACAUGGUUUUUGUACGCGUUGAUCCCGACCUUGUUUCUGCAACAAAUUUUGCUAAUCGCUUACGAAAUGUUUGUGAUGACAAUGACGAUGACAAGAUUAUUGUGAAAUGUUUGGCUCUAAACGAGUCAUUUGUUAGGUUCGUGUUCUUUCAUGAGAUUACGGAUAAUCAAUUAAUGCUGGCUAUCCGAAAGGUUAAAUAUGUUAUUGCAAAAUUAGACUCUAGGAUUUCAUUGCCAUGAUGUAGUCUGUAUGCUUUAGUAGUUUUUAAGGGAGCCUGCCACUUCAGUGAAAAAAAGAAUGAAAUAAAAAUGAAAAUAUUCCUAUGAUAAAA